AUGUUCGACCACGACAAGAAGAAAGGCCAGCAGCCAGGCAUCUACCAUGAGUAUGGAUACUCAACGGGAUCCCCACCUCAGGCGAACUAUGCUCCCACAGACGAUGUGUUCGGAGACGAGGAGGGCGCACAGAUCCACUACAGGACCAUGAGCUGGCCCCUUGUGGCCGUCCUCAUGAUAGCCGAGAUCGUGUCGAACGGCACGCUCUCUCUCCCGUCGAGCCUCGCCGUCGUCGGGGUCGUGCCGGGCGUGAUCAUGAUCGUGUUUCCUGGGCGUCUUCGCGACCUUCACGAGCUGGCUCCUGAUCGAGUUCAAGCUGCGCCAUCCCCAGGGUGA